AGGACACCCUCAUGCUUGCUCCAUAAACCUCACCACAUUUCGCUGCCGCAGCUGCUGUGGCGACUCUGGCGCGGGCUUUCGCACUAAGCAGCGAUCGACGAGGCCGUUCCGCUUCGGCAAAAAGCAAAGUAAUAAUAAUAACGGAAUGUUCCCGCUCUCUCGCUCAGCAAGGUCGGUUUACGCAGACGCGUGAAGACGCCGCUCGUUUACCAUGAGCUGUUUGGAUGUUAUGUACCCAGCCUAUGGACAUUACGCACCGUACGCACCGACUGCUCCAGCGUUUAUCAGCAGCUUCCAGACUCCCACAGGUCUGAACAUCACUCCUCCUCACUGCCGGGAUUUUAUGGACACUCCCAGGGGUCCUGAAGGGAUGUCUGGGGGCCCGGGCAACGGAGGGUCAGCUUCCUCCUCAUCCUCAUCCUCAUCAAGCACUUCCUCUUCCUCGUACACGACUGCAGCUGCGAGGCCAGAGGAAGGGACCAAGGAGAAGCAGGAGGCCCCAGAGGCCGAGUACCUGACGUCCCGCUGUGUCCUCUUCACCUACUAUCAGGGAGACAUCAGCAGCGUGGUGGACGAACACUUCUCCAGGGCGCUGAGCUCCUACAUGGACGGAGAGGGCAAACGGAGGGGGGCAGAGCAACAGGGCCCAGAUACCCCUUCACCCAGCAGCCGGCGGAGCUUUCCCCCAUCCUUCUGGGACAGCAACUACGCCUCGCCUCAAAGCCGCUCCCACUGUGAGACGGGAGCACCUUCCUAUUCCAUGGACCCAUAUGCAUCAGGGUUACACCCGGGCCUCCCUCAUCCACACGCGCAUCCACACCCACACGCUCAUCCUCACUCCCAUCCUCACCCUCCAGAGAGCUGGGGAUACCCCCAGGCCCAGGCCUACGGGCCUCCAAGGCCCCUGCACGAACUCUAUUCCCCCGCGGCUUUAGAGCCUCACUACGGUCCUCUGUUGAUGCCAACGGUGAGGCCACCUCAUCUCCCCACCCUGCCGAGCCACUAUGAGGUGAGCAAGCUGGAACCCAGCGCGUCCUGGCCCGGCCUGCUACCCCCAGGAGACGUCAGCCAAACAAUGGCACUCAACAUGGAUGCAGGCCUCCAGCAGCACAAGAAAGGCAAGGAGCUGUACUGGUUCUAACAAGCCCUCAGUCACAUUGACCAGCCAUUACCAGAUCCAAUUAGUCCCUGGACCGGCUCUGCUAUUGAAGCAGCGUGUCCCUUUAUCCCCCCAGCACACAUUGCAUCCCCACCUAUCCA